AUGCCUAACGUCCAUCCAUCUCCCCUUACAACCCCACAGGAGGCAGCAUGCGGCGCAUUCGCCUCACAUGCCACGUGGCACCAGCAGCAGAUGCUGAGAUGGUGCGGGUGGGGAGGCAGCAUGCGGCGCAUUCGCCUCACAUGCCACGUGGCACCAGCAGCAGAUGGUGCGGGUGGGGCGUGGGGCGACGAUCCCCCCUGCAUGUUCAUGGCUCUGUUCUCCGACCUCUCUGCUGCUCUGCACGGCUCCAAGGAGGUGGGGGCCAAGCGGUGUGCGUUCAUUCUCCAGCACCUGCCAGCAGGAGUGGCGCACAUGCUUCCCUGUCUCUUACCUCGGGAGGUGCGGGCCAAGCGGUGUGCUUUCAUUCUCCAGCACCUGCCAGCAGGAGUGGCGCACAUGCUUCCAGAGGAGCGAACCAGAGGGGGAAGCGGAGGGGGAGGGAGUGGCGGGGGGAGCGGCAACAGCGCCGGCAGUGGUAGGGGCAGCAGAGGGGAGAGGAGCGGCGGUGGCAGCAGCAACGGGGAUGAGGUGGUUAUUAAUCCUCAUAUGGAGGCUAUUACGGGGUAUUCACGGGAGGAGCUGAGCUCGGUUGACUCGUGGUUCUCGUGCCUCUUCAGGGAAAGGGCGGAAGAGGAAAAGGGCGGAAGAGGUGAGGGGGAGGGACACUUAAAGAGUGGGAGAAUGGGAAGCAGAUGGAGAGUGCGCCAAAUCCUGGAAGCGGACCGGGCGAUGGGGUUGCGAGAGUCGAGAACGUUAAGAAUGGUGCGGAGGGAUGGCGCGCCGCGGUGGUUAGAGGUGGCGGUGAGGGACUGCGGGGCGGGAGGGGGCGACCUGUGGGUGGUCAGCGACAUCACGGACCAUCUGAUCGUGCGGGAGAAGUUUCGGCUGCUCUAUGAAGCCUCGUCGGUGAGUGGUUGGUGA